AGAAGAGGAGCUGAUGGAAAAGUUGAAGAAGGAAAUGAAGGAGGAUGAGCUGGAGAAAGACCCAGAAAAAUCCAAGAUGCCUGUCAGGAGAAGGAACAGCAUUGUAGCAGUCCGCCCUACCAUGUCUGGAGGUGAAGGAGAAGCUCCCCUUGCAGAUAACCAAGCACCUCCCCCUGAGCUGAGGAUGGUGCUGCUUGGGAAGACUGGGUCUGGGAAGAGUGCAGCAGGAAACACCAUCCUGGGCAGAGAGGAGUUUAGAUCUGAAGCCAGCUCCUCUGCAGUAACGAGGGAGUGUGAGAAGAGAAAAGGACAAGUGGCUGGGAGGCGUGUUGCUGUGAUCGACACUCCAGAGCUCUCUCAGGACAAACUCCAGAUUAGGAGCUGUGUUUCUCUGUCUGCCCCGGGACCCCACGUUUUCCUCCUGGUGAUACCGGUGGGCCGAUUCACAGAGGAAGAGAGGAGAGCAGUGGAGACAGUCCAGGAGAUAUUCAGUGAGGAGGCUGUGAGGAGGUACAUGAUGCUCCUUUUCACACACAGUGACAAACUUAAAGGCAAGACCAUUGAGGAUUAUAUUCAGACAGGGAGCAAGGAGCUCCAGCAGCUUGUUGAGAAAUGUGGGAACAGGUAUCAUGUUCUCAACAAUGAGGACAGGAGAGAUCGCACUCAGGUCACACAGCUCCUGGACAAGAUAGACAACGUGGUGAAGGGAAACAACAACAGCUACUACACCAGUGAGAUGUACCAGCAAGCAGAGGCAAAGAUCAGACAAAGACAAGAGGAGAUACUGAAGGAGGAGGAAGAGACAAUAUUGAGGGAGGAAGAGGAAUUGAGGGCAAAGAACCUGAAAGAACUGGAGAACAUGAAAAGGAAGAUGAGCUUGGAAAUGCAGAAACAAGAUGAGAAGAUCAAAGAGCUGGAGGAGAGGAUCGGGGAGCUGGAGGAAGAGCUGAGGAAAAAACAGGGAGAGAAUCACAGGAUCAAACUGGAGGAAGAGCUGAGGAGAAAGAGAGAGGAGAGAGAAAGGGCAGAGCGAGAGAAGGAGGAUUGCAUGGAGAAGGGGGUGAGAGAGAGGGAAGAGUACGAGGAGAAACAGAGGAGAGAGAUAGAGGCAGUCAGGCAACGCUAUGAGGAAAUCAUUAGACCAGAAGCAGAGAGAGCCAAUGAGUUUAUAAGCACAUAUGAAAAACCAGCUGAAGCGAGAGGAGAAAGGGAAGCACUAGGGGCAGUGAAGAGUGCAGUAGCAAGAGUAAUGAGAGAAGGGGCUGAGGUAGGGGCAGUAUUAUAUACAUUAACCAGAGCAAUAAGAGAAGAGACAGGACUAGGGGCAGUAAUGCAUGCUGUAAGAGAAGCAAUAAGAGGAGGACCAGCUCAAAGGGCAGUUUUCAGAGCAGUAGCAGGAGCACUGAGAGAAGGAGCUGCAAUCGGGGCAGUAUUGCGCACAGUAGCAGAAGCAAUAGAGGCAGCACCACAGGAAACCAGUCAAGAACAGUAAGACGGGGUGGUAUUAUUGGACAGGGGGUGGUGUUAUUGGAAAUGGGGGUGGUGUUAUUGAAGAAUAUCCGAGCAUGAUCUAACGUCCAUAUUGAGAAACAACACUUGAGGGUUAGUGCUCACUUCAGUGAAUAUGGCCAGU